AUGGAGCUGCCCCAGAGUCAAUUUUCUUGGAAGCAAUGCAAAGCAGAGCUUCCUGGGAGAAGACACAAUGCCUCCUAUUGUCUCUGUCACUUCCCCUCCAGCCUCCCAGCGUUUCUGCGUCUCCUCGGGAGCCACUGCCCUGUGCAAAAGCUGUUUGCUGAUGCCCAGCCGCGGUUUCCAAAACCCCCAUGAGAAGUCGUUUCUGUCCACAGUCAUUGUUUCCAGAACAGCCAAGCCGACUGGGGAGGAGAGGCCAGGCCCAGCAAGAGCAGGAAGAGACCCAGCUUGCAACACAGGCCCCCGGCGGCUGGAGUCGGCUCGUGGAUUGCUGGGGGGCAGCUGGUGCCAGCCCUGCUAGAUGUGUCCAGGAUCGGGUCAGAGGCCAGGGUGGCUCACAUCCGGGCCCCAGGAGGAGGCUCUCGAGGGCCCAGGUUCCUGGAGGAGGACAGAGUGUGGAUUAUCCAGUGA